AGACCCAGAAAAUAAAUUACAGAAAACACACAGGGAUCAAGAAGAUGUGUUGAUGAAAACAGCAGAGGAUGUGGGAUUCGAUUUUUAGCUGAAGACAACUUGGCGAAAGACUACUGGUUUCUUUGGGCUUCCACUUAACUCGCCCCUGGUGUACGGUUACUGACCCCCAAAGGGAGAGGGGGGAAAAAAAGAACUUCUCUGCGACAGUUUUAACCGUUUCUAUCAACCAAAACCACCAGCGCCCGCUUCUAACUGGAAAGAGAGAAACAUUUGGACGAAUUGCGACCAAGUUGGUGAAAGUUUCUCCGCAGUUUUGUCGCUUCGAGUCUUUCUGUCCCCUCCGAGCUGCGCUGCGCACGCGAGAGGGGGCGCGAGUGACGUCAGCUCGCAAGUGGACAAGGUGGGCACGAGAGCCUCGCGGUGUGUAGUUCAACAACACACAACCUGAUGGGAACCAAAUGGGAGGAUGUCUGCCAUUGUUUUACUGUAAAGACCACUUUAUAUGUCAGUCAGUUAACUAAUGCAAUCACCACACAUUUGUGCAAGUUCCCUUUGUUGUCAUACAGACCCAGCCAUCUUCUCAGUUCCCUCUUGACUAACUUAAUAAAAGGGAAGCUUGACACAUAGAAGUCUUUUCUCUGGAGAAAGAGAAGCACACGCAUCGCUAAAGCAGUGCAGAGUGGUAGGCAAGAGACAAAACAAAAAACAAAUUGAAGGUAAAACAACUACAGCUGAAGAUGGGAGUAAAUAUGGCACAGAGCUGCUGCUGCUGGCUGCUGUUCACACUCUCUCUGAGAGGUAUUCUUGCAGGUGAUUGGUCAAUUCAUCUCCCCUCAGGUCCUAUCUGUGCUGUGAUUGGUUCUUCAGUAGUCCUCCCUUGUUCCUAUGACUACCCCCAGAGCUCCAAUGAAACCAGGGGGCUCUCUGCUCAGGAUGGAGGAGUUGAAGAAGGACAAGAAUACAAAGUUUUAUCUGAGAUGUGGUGUCUCGAAGACAGCCGGUGUAUCACACCAAGUUACGUGUUCCACAGCGCUCGUAUCUUCCCAGAUCCAUCCUACCAGAACAGGGUGCAGUACUUGGGACAGCCAGGAACCAAGAACUGUUCUCUGACAAUCUCUGAUCUGAGACAGUCAGACAGUGGAACCUAUGUGUUCUACCUCAUCACCAGCCAUCCAACGGAGAAGAUGCCGGAGCAGAGCGGCAUACAGCUCCUGGUGGCAGAGUCCCCCAGUGCAGUCACAGUGUUAGCAAGUCCGUCCACUGUCAUCACUGAGGGUGCAGCCGUACGUUUGGCCUGCUGCAGCCCUGCAGCUGGUCCACAGGCCCAUUUCAGAUGGUACGAUAGCACAAGCAGCAGCCUCCAACACAGUGGACAGGUGUGGAAUAUCAGUGAAGUUACAUCUGAUCAAUAUGGCAGCUCCUACUGUCAAAUACAGACUGGGGAUAAAGUGCAGAACUCAACAACGCUGGCAAUUAAUGUACAAUAUUCCCCUCGAAACACAACGGUGUCAGUCUCACCUCCGGGGGAGCUGCAGGACAAGCUCCCUGUGACUCUGACCUGCAGCAGCGAUGCUAACCCACCCGUGCACACAUUCGUCUGGUACCAGGGUGCGGCGUGCCUCCCCGCAACAGACAAAAGCUUUCAUCGAGGAAGACAAACUGCGGCUACACCCUCAGGAAGAGGCCCAACGCUCAGCUAUGCCAACAUCACCACUGAGGAAUACGGGCAUCACUGUUGUAUAGCACGCAACAGGCAUGGCUCACAGACUUACAGCAUAACACUCAGAGGCUCAAAAGCAGUGACCCCGUCCGACUCUUCAGGUGGCAGACUGGUGCUUAUCGGAGUCACCAUUGGAAUCCUGCUGGCUAUUAUAGCAGUAAUUGCCUUUCUCAUGACAAGGAAACGGAAGUCAUCCAGACACCGGUCAUACGUCCUCACUGAAACAAGAGCCACAGAACCCUAAAGACUCAGCAGGACUUAUUCAGAACAAAGUCACAUCCAUAACACCCUACACCCAAAAGAGAUCUUUUUACAGCACAUGUACUUAAUACAGGCCACCCUGAUGUUCUCCCUGAAUGUCAACUAUCACUCUUGGUUAUGUUCACUCUGGUUGUAUUGGUACCUUUUGGCCUGCUUGAGUACACAGUAAAAAGUGAACCUAAAAAUCAUAUAAUAGGCAUCACUGCACAUUCAAGCAAACAGAGACUUCAAGCACUGAACUGAGAGAGGAUGAAGUUGAAUAUUAAGAGAGGAGCAGUUUAAUUUUAAAAUAGACCUGAAAAUGGAAAACAGUCUAUUGGCUAGCUGGUUGCUUUUUCCAUUCUUAGUGCAUUUCCUCUGCGGGACAAGCUAAAUACCACUGUCAGGAAUUAACCCAGACAAGAAGUAUUUUUUAUAAGACAAAAAAAAUCAGAAUACAAUCUGUUUCCCCCUAUAAUUACCAAAACAGUUUUUUGUGCCCUGGUCGGCUGAAGUGUUUCAGUAACAGAUGUGGAUUUGAAUACACCCUUGAGGCUUCGUCACAUAUGAAAACCACAGGCAACAUCUGGAGCUGUUGUUUGAACCUUUACUUUCACUGGCUCUUAACAGCACCCUUCAAAUACGCCAACUUCUACUUUACUGUAGAAGCAAUGUCCAGGGACAGAGAACACUGCAGGAGUUAUCACUGUGCACGAUGACGACGACAGAAAAUCCAGUCAUAAUGAUCCAAUUAAGUGCAGCAAGCAGUUCCAAGUCAGUCCUGUUUGUGUGCUUUAGAGUAAACUCUUCAAUGUGAUAAGGAUGGAACAGAUACUGACCAGAGCACAAGGAGAAGUCAGGACGGAUGAAACCCGGAGGACAGUGACUCUGACACCAGGAUGCUCAUGUACAAAAUGGACUUGGAUAUCAAUUCUUCAUUUCAUUAGUCUAUUUUUAGAAUUCUGUGUUUGUCCGAUUUGGCACAUCAAAGUGAUAUUAUGUGUAACUUGAUUCACACAUCCUCUAUUUUUAAAUGCUGAUUAAGCAAACAAUAAAGUGCAUCAUUACCGGUUUUGCACAUGUUGCAUUAA